AUGGCAGGAGCAUAUGUGGUAUCUGCUGGGUUCCUGGACAGGGGCCCAGAAGGUCACUGCAGAGCUAUUUCAGAAGUUACAGUGGAAUGCAUUGGGUCUGUAUCUUCCCAGCAACUUUCUGUACCUCACUGCAGCUGCAGCUCACCUCAGAAUCCUGUGAGUGAUCUUUCUAUUUUGGAAAAUAAUGCCAGCUCUUAUGACACCAAAACUCUUGGAGAGGCAAGAUGGAAAGGAAUUUAUCAGCAAGAUUCUUCAUUAGAAAAAAGGUUGCAGAAGUUACCUGAAAGACCACUUUCUAGAACGUUCAAGCCUACAUUCCCUAAGAAGGCUAUCAAAAGUUAUCAGGCUAAGGUCUACCUAUCUCCACAGUACAAUCUGGAGCAAGAAGAGAAAAUAAGUAUAAUGGAGUUGUUGUCCGGGAUUGACUCUGUGGGUAGAGCUUUGGAGAAUGAGAAAAAGGAAAGCUUUUCAUCUCUCAGCAGAUCCUUGGAUUUACCCUGUGUUUAUCCUAGACCACAUGGUAUUCCUGAGUUUCAAAUCACACACAAAGGCAAAGCAUACCAGGACUGGAGAGGUGUGAUUGGACCAAACCCUAUGAAGGAAUACAGUCAAGCAAGGAAAAAAAGCAUGAAGGGCAAGGAGAUGGCACAGUGGGCUGAGGAGCAGCAGGACUGGGAAGCAAUAGAGGAUUUGGCAGUUUACAAAGCCAUGGGCAUUGUGCAGGUCUACGCAGCUGCAGCAGAACAGUUGGCAAGCGGUGACAAACACCUUGACCUUCAAACUCAGAAGAAGGUAAAGAAAAAUGCAACUCACCUGGAAGUCUUUGAAACUUCUCAUGGUAGUAGAAAGGAUGCUAGUAGUAGAGAAGUACUUCAAGCAGUCAUUUGCAUUCAAAGAUAUGUGAGAGGGUGGCUUGACCACAGGGCAUUCAAGAGAGUAAAGAUCAAGUCUAGAAGUCAUGGACGAUCCCUACCAGCAGUUGUAAGGAACUACCGUAAAAUGAUCGCCCGCAUUAAACACCGUGCUGGUGUUUCGGAUGUCUCUACACCACUUCGGUAUUUUGAACUAGAGGAGUGGAUGGACAAGAAAAAAUUUUAUGAAAAAAUGUUUUCCAAGAGGGAGUUUGACAAAAAGAUGGACAGAAAUGAUCUGCCUGCAUUUUUGAGAGACUGUGGAUAUUUAAUACCUGCUGUUGGAAUUCACCGUGUCUUCCAGCUGGUCUGUCCAACUGCCACUGAUGCUAUAAAAAGCAUAAAAAAGCAUCAAGCAAUUGAAAUGGCUUUCACAUUAUUUCCUCCUCUUGGUGCCAAAGUGAAGAACAUAAUUACAGUGCCGCUACCGUGGGUGCACCCUAUUAUUGAUGGAAGAUGUGGAUCCAAGAAAUUAGCACCUUCACGUCGAAAGUCAAAGAAAACUGAUUUCCAAGUGUCAGCUGCACUAGUAGCUUCUUCAAUGAGAGAGAGGAAAGAAAAAUCAGUUCUGUGA